AUGGCUGCUGAUUUAACACCCUCACAGAGUAAGGUAGUGGAUUUUCCAUAUCUACCGAAUUCAACUUUAAAAGUUGUGGCAGGACCUGGAUCUGGCAAGACACUAACUUUACUUCACAAAGUCUAUCAUCUUAUAGAAUCUGGUGAGAUUGCACCUAAUGAGAUUCUCAUACUCUCGCUGACCAACAAGGCUGUCGACAAUGUGAUUACGAGGCUCUUUGAUGUCUUCGAGCAGCUAAAUGAAAAGCAUACCGAAGAACAAUUGAGAGAAAUAAUAGGUGAUUUGGAGGUCCAUACGGUUCAUGGCUUGGCCAAUCGAGUGGUUAUUGAGAACGAGGGAAUAAUUAACAUUAUCGAAGAGAAUGGCUGGAGAGGGCUGAUGAAGUUGGUUUCUGAGGACUUUUGGAAGAACAAACGCCCCAGAAUGCCCAGUACAAAAGACUUUAAGAAACUAUUCGAGCAGUAUAAGAAUCAAAAAACUGGCACGAAAGAUGUGGUGAAAAAAUUGACUGAUAUAAUGCAAAACUGCGGCGUUGUUACUAAUGAGGAAUUGAUAGACCGUGCCUCACGCUAUUUGAGCAGCGAUCUUGUCUCUGAAUCAGAGACAAUGCAAUAUACAAGAGAGUUAAAAGGUAAGAUAAAGGUUGUAAUAAUCGAUGAAUUUCAGGAUUUGUACCCGUCACUACUACCUUUGCUUCGACGAAUUUCCCUUGGAAAGCAGCUGAUUCUGUUCGGAGAUUCGAACCAGAGUAUUUACAGCUUUCUCGGCAGUAAUAAAGAAGCGAUGAGGGCCAUCGAGGGUAUCCACACUGGGCAGGACUUUCAUGUCAUGCAUCUUCACGACAAUUUUAGAUGUACUCCUGAAAUAAUGGCAGCGGCAACUCAAGUGAUACCUGCGAAACGAAAAGAAAUGAAAGAUGGAGAGAUCGAAAAGGUUUGCAAGGAUAAAUGUGGUGUGAAACCUAUCAUGGAGAAUUUUUCAAAUCCCCUUGAUGAGCUGGAAUUCGUAAGAGACCAGAUAUCACAGCUCGUUUGUGCUUCAGCUCGUCUUAGCGAUAUAGCAAUUUUGACGAGAACUAACAAUCAGAUGCAGCUUAUAGCGGAUCAUCUUCAAUCAUACGGUAUAAACUCACACAAAUUGACUGCCCAACCCGAUUGGAUGACUGACACGAGAAUUCAAUUUUUGAUAGACCUGAUGAAAGUGAUAAGCCUCAGUCAUCGUGAAGAAAGUUUGGAACGAAAAAACUCCAUGAAUAGACCAUGGAAAAGUGACUUUAGCCUGAUUGUGACACUCGGUGCCCUGAAGGGGGCCACUAACCAAUCCAUUCAAAUUUUGUACAAUGAGUGCCUCCGUCGUGACACUUCCCUGUGGCGCUAUAUAUCUUCUGUGCCGGUGAGCGAUUGGCCCACUGCUGUGACGAAUAAGAGGAAGAUCUCAAACUGUGCGAUUGAGCUACAAAAACUAAUGAAUAAUGGUGAGUUUUUAUAUUCCGAUGAUCCGAUGCAUAUACUGCGGGAGAUCUGCUCCUUCGCGCAUGAGAUGGGCUUUCAAAUGCUCCAACCGACGAGCGAUGGCGACGCUGAGCAAUUCAGACAGCAUCUGGAAGACAUGUACACUAUCUUGAAACUGUGCUUGACCAAUAGGCCGAAUGAUAUGCCGCUUAUUGAAUGGUUUCUCCAUAGCCAUUUUGAGCAGAGCUUAUCGUACUAUCAUCAAAAUCCAGUUCCGAGAGCGGGCAGUCGAGAUGUGCUGAAAAUUUCGACCAUACACUCUUCCAAAGGUUUGGAGUUCCCAAUCGUGUUUCUCAUGGGAGGCCUAAGCUGGUUUCAAACUUUCAGCCAGUUCGAGGACAACGUAUUGUAUGUCGGAAUGACUCGCGCAAAGAACUUGCUAUACUUACUUAAUACAAAGCAUCCAGGACUCGACUGUGAACCGACUAAGAGAAACAUUAUGGCAAACGAAAAGUUUUGGAGAUACUACAACACUGACUUGAACAGAGCUACUGCAGCAGAUUCCAUGAGUGCCAUUAGGAGGUAUGACUGUCUUCAACGAAAGUAUGGCGGCUUCUCGAUAAACCAUCGACCGUUUUCGACACUUUCGGUAGCGCGAAACAAUAAAUUGAUCAAGCUGGUAGCAUAUAUAGCCAGAAAGUAA